AGGUUAUAGCGGUUGGGUCAGAUGUUAAGGACUUUGAGAUUGGAGACCAUGUUGCACCUAUCUUUGAUGUGAAAAAUAUUCACGACAACGAGGAAGAUAAAGCUGCGUUAGGAGGACAUAUUGAUGGAGUGUUGCGCCAAUAUGCAGUUUUCGACAGAAAUGUGUUAUUUCACUUGCCGAAGUACUUAUCUUGGGAGGAGGCAGCAUGUAUCACCUGUGCAGGUACUACGGCAUGGAGAGCGUUAUCAAUGCCUCGCUCCACAGGCACUGCCCUGCUUCAAGGUAAAGCUUCCACCAACUUCAACCACAUUGAAGAGCGGCAUUUUUUCUAACUUCCCUCCCAGGCACUGGAGGAGUAAGCAUGUUCGGUCUCCUCAUCUGUCUUGCGGCCGGAAUCCACCCAAUCAUCACUUCUUCAUCUGAUGAGAAGUUAGACCGAGUGCGAGCCCUUGGAAAGCCAGGAGAAGUUGACACUAUCAACUAUCGAAUCCACCCUGAUUGGGAGAAUGAAGUGCUUCGCCUCACCAACGGUCGUGGAGUUGAUUUUGUCAUUGAGACCGUGGGACCUAGGACCAUAUCACAGAGCAUUACAUCUCUGGCCCGCAGAGGAUCCAUUACCGUGGUGGGAUUCUUGGGAGGAUUCGAUGUCAAGAGCUUUCCACAUACAAUCACGCCUCUCUUGACCAAAACUGCAGCCAUAAGGUAGCCAUCCUUUUAGAAUAAUAACUUUUCCAAGGUUUAAACACUGCUAACGAUAUAUACGUGUUUUAGAGGGGGCGCCGUAGGUUCCAAAACAGACCACCAGACCCUGUCUGAUUUCUUAUCCGAGAAGAAAAUCGAUUUAAAGCCCAUUCUGGAUGACACGGUCUUUACUUUUGAUGAUUCGCAAGCCGCUUUUGACUACCUAUAUGAUGCCAAACAUAUGGGCAAAGUGGUCAUCAGAAUAUAAGGCAUUUCUGUCAAAAUGGAGGUCAAAUCUUCAGUAUAAUUGGGUAUUGUAUGGGGUAUCUAGGUAUAUAUUGAUUGUUCAUAUAUUUACCGUGUGUUUAUAGAAGUUUGCUGCUGUAGCUAUAAUGUACUCUGUACUCCUUAUUGAUAUUCCGAUACAUGCAGAUAUAAAGGUAAGAAGCAAACGGAAGUACCCGCAGAGGCUGACUAUUAGUAAACAAAAGAAAGUCUCGGGAAGCUCCCGAGGUCAAGACAACGUCACGUGACAUGAGCUCCAAGGCACAACGGAGCAGCAAACGAAUGCCUCGACGUCUAACUGAGCACUGGAAAAGCAGAUAAAUAGGCGUAGG